CUGGUGUUCCUCAACUGCCUAUAUCAUUUGAGCAGGGGUGUACGCCCACGUCAAAAAGUAUUUUCACACCGCUGACGUUGUGUCAUGUAAAAUGUUCAGGAAUAAUUAUCAGUUGUUUCUUGCAGGGUGGAGCUGUGGUUGAGAUCUUCAGUGGACAAGGAAAAGACCCUGCGGCUAAAUGGAAACUCUGCGGAGGGCCGUCAGCCAUAUAUAAAGAGUAUAAUAAAGAAGUCAAAGGAUGUGUUUACUGUCUGGAUGGAAGCAGCCAGACAGUCAAGAUGCAAAUGCCAGAGAAUGGCAAAAUGUCUCUUGGACUUCUCCAAAGAUUUUUGGUGCUUCAAGUCAAUGUUUCUCACGGUCAUGACUUUUCUGCUGAGCUUGUGAUAACUGAUUCAGAGGGCCUAAAAAGAAGACUCCACUUAUCAACAGUGCAUAAAGAGGUGUCUGCCACACUUUUGCAUGCAAAGAUACCUUUUGUUGGACUGAAACGCAAUGUUUGGUCAACAUUAUGCAUCGACCUUGUAUCACUGAGCGGUGAACUGUUCAAGGGAUUUUUGACACUGGAUGGCAUCACGUUGUUCGCUACCUGCAAAGUCCGGAGAAUCUUCACUGUAAGAACGGAGCAUGCAGGAAUGUCAGAUGAUGACAUGUUUCGCAGUGGAGCUGGUCUAAUGGACUUAAUCCCACGCAGUUGCCAGUUCCCACCAGACGUGAACCAAGUCAUUCAGGUGUUCAACAGGGAAAAUGUGCGAAAGACAGAUUUGAGGACUGGUCUUUCUAACUCUGACUGUGUUCCUACCACUGCCAGAUCAACCUGUUAUCGGAGAACCAGGCCCCAGGGCAUUUUACACACAGCCUCAGGCUCCAGAGCCUCUGGACCACCUCUCCUAACUGGAAGAAAAAGCAAGGGAUCGAGUAGAAUGAACCAAAAGGUUACUACAGAAAGUCAGAGCAUUACCAACCAGAGUGAGAAUUUAUCACAUGGAGAACCUUCCCACAUUCUCAAUGAGGCUUUUGUAAUGUUGAAAGUACAUUAUGUAGGAGCAUCUGGCAGUUUACAGCCACAUCCCCCUAAAAAAAGAGCAGUUGACAAGAAGGGAUCUAAGAAGCUGAGAGUCAUCAGUGCUGGAGGAGAAAAGCAAACAUCAUCAAAUGAGUGUCACACUCCUACAAAGGAAAGUUCAGCACUCAUGGUCACAGAGUCUCAACUGUGCUCUGUGCAGCAAGGUUUGCCUUCUGACCUGAAGGUCUGGAACAGCUGGGAGAGUAAUGAAGGGUCUGAGCCUCAGCUCACUCUGCAAAAGGAGGUGUUCACUUUCUCAUCCCAGCCUCACUCACCCAAACGAGGACAAGGCCAGGGUGACCAGGAGAAGAUGGAGAUGGGAGAUAAUCAGGUUCAGAGCAAGAUUGGGAGGCGGUAUGAUGUCCAGCCCGAGGAUGACUUUAUUGGCAGUGAAAGUGAUGAGGAUAACAACUUCACCAUGUUCCAACAUCAACAAACAAGUGGGUCCAAUCUUACAUCUCCCAGAACACAACUUGAAGGUCACCCUGGAUCUCAUAAUGUGAACCUAACACCUCCACGUAACACCAGUAUGCAGCCUCAUUCCAGUGGGAAAGCUGAACCUGGGCUGUUUCCCACACGGUGCUUCUCACCUAAUGGACUGGAACAGAAGCGUGGUCCAAGAGUUUCAGAGAAAGUAAACCGGGUUCUUGAUGUGAGCAGCAGCAUAUCAGUUUGUAGAAGACUCCUGCAAGAAGUCAAAUUGGAUGAUUCAAAACAGCACAAGGUAAUCUCCGUUUUAUUGGUGAUAAAUUUGAAGGAGGAAGAAGAUGAGACACUAAAGCCUGUUGAUUCCAGUCAUUGCGACUCGGACCUGCUCGGCAGUCCGCAGACACAAGAUGAUGAGGAGCUUCGAAUGCUGGCUAGCCUAAAAAGAGAGCAAGAGGAAGAUGAAUGUAAAGCCUCGGGCCUCAGUGCAUCUCAGAUCCACCGGUGUAAUGUCAGCAUCGGCAUGAGCAGUGACGAUACUUCUACAUGGACCCACAUCUCUCUGCCAACUAAUCAGGGACACCACUAUCAGACGGAAAUGAACCCCUUCCUGCAAUCAAACCCCAGGGAAUGGAUGGAUGUGCUCAGCCCUCCUAUUAUGCCUCCCAGCCAGCAGAGAAGGUCAGGCAACACAUGGAACAAUGGGGGAAGUCUAGUCAGAGGAGGAGAUGAGUCAGUGAAGGAAGAGGAGAACGAGGAUGAGUAUUUGAAUCUGCUCUAUGAUCCUUGCCUGAACUGCUAUUUUGAUCCAAAGACAGGAAAGUACUAUGAACUGGCAUAACUUGAAGUCAAUUAGAGCCAAAAAUAAUAAAUCAAAUUGAAAGUGGAUGAAUGGCUUCAGGAUUUAUCAGCUGAGCUUAUUGAUCGGUAUUGAAUUCCCAAUUCAGAAAAAAAUCACUUUCUGUCUAUCCGUUCGUUUGUGGAAGCUAACAGGAGCUUUGUGUCACCAUAUGUAGUGUCAUGUAAGCCUGUAAGAGCCUGGGAAUGUAAUACAGAUACUUGCUUUUUGAAAGUUCUUGCUUAUUCAUUCGCACAUGUGAUGCUAAAAAGAGUCUGUUCAUGAAGCUUGGCUGGCAAACUCUUAUCGGGCUUCCUGAAAGAACGUAUUGAAUCUGUGAUAUUUCAGUUUUACAUGUUACAAUACAGAUAAUUUAUGGUGUCACAAAAUCAUAAAACCAUGCUGUGCGUAUGUGUAAUGUGAAUUAAAUUAAAUUUGAAAUAGCA